UGGAUGGAAGAAAAUGUGAGCUUCAAGAUGACACCUAUAACGACUACUGCUACACAACAGAGUGGGAGCGUAUUCCGUUGGAAUUCUUCGGUUGCGUACGUAAUAGUGGGUGGUGUGAUUGUGAUGCUGAGUGUAAUUUCAUCAUGUGCAUUGAUAAUUCUAGCAUGCUUUUACAACAAAUUCGCCUCUUCUUCUUCUUUUUCUUCAUCAUCAUCAACCACAAGCAGUAAGCUUCAUCUGUCGGUUGUAAUGCCCGGAGACAUCAAUCCCUCUUAUCUUGCUACUCCUACGGUCCUACCCCUAACCUCCAACAUUUUUAACAGCAAUGCACACACAAGCAGCGAUGGCAGAGCCGCCGGAAAACACAGCAGCAUUGAGCCAUCACCGUCACCGUCUUCAUUGCGGGUGGAUUCGCCCAUGAUUUAUUGGUUUGUUGGCAUAGGUACAAUGCUUGCUCUCGUACUCGUGGCUAUGUUAAUUGUAGCCUAUUCUCGAUGGAGGCGCAGAUCGGCGCCUGACGUCGGAGGUCGUGAUCAUUCUCACAAGGUGGCCAGGCAUGUGUACGACGCUGGUGAUGAAGCCAAUGUCACCCCGGAGAUUGUCGUCUUUAUGCCCGGAGACAAACUUCCGACUUACUUAGCUGAACCUGUUCAUACCUCCGGCACCACCCAUCUUUCCGACACCUCUCUCUAG